AUGGAUACAAGACUGAGCAGCCCUGAGAUUCUCCUCGGAAUCUUGGCCACCCUCAACCGACUUGAGAAUCGCUUUGAAAGCCAGAGUGAGCGCUUGACCGACCUCGAGGUCUGCAUCCAGUCACGGUCAAGUUCCCCAGUUGGAUCACCUCACGCCAUUCAAUGGAACAAGCACUCGGAGCGAGCAGAGAGGGCCUCUUCCGUGUUCACAGACUCAGGAUCCCGUCAAUUUGCACUCGGAGACUACCACGCUUCGGCGUACAAGGAUACCGUUGCCAACCUCCGCAAGCGCUUCGAGUUCAUCGACGAGAGCCUCUCUGAGCUCGAAAAAACACGAAACGCUGGGGGGCACGAAGACGAUGACUACUACUCAGCGUCUAUUUACUCUUCUCGACCUCUCUCACGCCUGGAGCUCGAGAGCUUGGCUGUUCCCAAUCUACAAGUUGCAACAGGAAGCUACGGUACCACAGCCAGUGGUUGUGCCAAUGCGCCAAUUCUGACUCCGGAAGCCCCGGCUGUUCCCUGCGAUGACACGGCGACUCCGUCAACACAGUCGGAACGCAGCAGUUCUGAAUGUCUUAGCCCAUCUAGCACAGCUCAGACCUCUCUAACGGGCUCAUGGCACAAGACUCAGAGAGUUCACAGUCGCCUUGGACCAGCUCUGCAGAGCAUCAAGACUGUUGUCAGGCGCUCGGCCUCUCUGAGGUCUUCAAGCACGGGGCACAGCCGUGCCUCGGAGAACAUGAAUGAUGCUGUGGGGGUCGAGAUGCUUUCUCACCAUGGGUCCCGUAGUGUCGGGGACCGAUGUACACACGUCGUCAGCGUGACAGAGAAUAGGGCAGGGGCCUUCUUGUCGUGGGUAUCGGGCAAGCUGGCGAAGCUUGGUCGCAGCAUGAUCAAUCAGCAAUUCAAAAUGCUUGACACAAGGGGCUAA